AUGCAUCCCUCAACCAUCCUCCAGAAAGCGCUCCGCCGCCUCCCCCUCACCACCAAGCAAGGCCCGCACAACUACUACAAGGGCAACCGGACAGGGGCCAUGGGACGGCACACCAAGUACGGCGGCUACGUGAUCGACUUCCGGAAAGUGAGGACGUAUGUCUGUCCGGAUUUGAGUGGGUUCAAUUUGACGCCCUUCGUGACAAAGGAGAUCAAGAAGACGCGCGAUACGUAUGCGCAUUCCGAGAGCAAGAAUUCGCUAGAUGGGAAGGAGUAUUUGGAGAAGUGGAAGGCUGAGGGUGGGAAUAUCUGA